AAUUGCUGGCUGCAUUUCAGAACAAGGUUGCAAAUCAUGACACCUUUUUCCAUCUUAGUAGUUCUUCUUAUGGUACUGUUCAUCAUCAAUAAUCCCAUAAGUAGUACUUCAGCAUAUCCUCAAACAAAACACAUAUUUUUGCUGGCCGGUCAGAGCAACAUGGCUGGCUUCGGUGGCGUGGUGAACGACACAUGGGAUCACGUGGUUCCGCCGGAAUGCCGCCGGAACCCAAACAUCCUCCGGCUGAACCCGAAACUGAAAUGGAAAGUUGCAAAAGAGCCUCUCAAUGAAGGGGUAGAUAGGUGGCCAAAUGGAAUCGGGCCGGGAAUGCCAUUUGCAAACGCAUUGCUGCAAAAGAUUCCGAAUUAUGGGACCAUCGGUUUGGUGCCUUGCUCGGUAUCGGGGACGAAAAUCAUCGAUUGGCAAAAAGGAACAGAUUUGUAUGACAUGUUGGUUACUAGAGCCCAAGCAGCUAUGAAGAAUGAGAAUCGGAAUGGGAGUAAUAAUACUAUUGAAGCCCUUCUUUGGUAUCAAGGAGAAAGUGACACUAAGAACCAAACAGGUGCUUAUGCAUAUAAAGGAAGAUUGCAACAAUUUAUUCUGGACUUACGAUCAGAUCUGAAUUUGCCUGACCUUUUGGUUAUUCAGGUCGCAUUGGCAUCGGGAAUUAUAGAUUAUUUAGAGGUAAUAAGGCAAGCGCAGCUCCAUACUGACUUGCCUAAUGUAAAAUGUGUGGACGCCAUGGGAUUACAACUUCAACCUGACAAUAUACAUCUCAGUACUUGCGGCGAAAUCGCCCUCGGCAAUCUGCUAGCUGAUGCUUUCAUUAAUAAUUAGUUUGUCUCUUAGCACAUGUAGAGAAAUCCAUUUCAACAAAUGUAAC